UAGCGAUACGAAUUUCGCGCGUAAUUUGCGAUUCAUACCAACAAUAAUAAACCGUUGCAUUUAUAUUCUAUGUUUAUAGUAAACGAGCGCGUGAACGAGUAAGAAAAGAAAUAAGAAAAUUGCAUCAACAAUGGCGUGUUCGACAAAAACUUUAAAAGUGUGCGCCUUGGUUUGGGAUGUUAUCUAUGCACUCUUCGGCUUGGCCAUUGUUGGCGUUGGCGUCUAUGUUAUCCUCGAAUUCGAACAAUUCUACACAGCAGCCUUCAUUAUACUCGGCCUGGGCAUUGUCGUAAUCUUGACCGCUAUCUUGGGUUCACUGGGUGCGUCACAUGAAAGCAGUCGAAUCUCCAAAACGUUCGCCAUAAUUUUGAUUUUAUGGGCAGUGCUACAAACUUUAACAGUUGGCUUCUUUUGGAUAUUCCAAUCGACAUUGCUGAUUAAUGUUGAUAAGACCUUCGAUCAGUUAUGGCGCAACCAGCCAGUGCCAAUUAAACCGGAAAAUGCCAGUCAAAUAGCGAGCAUCGAAAGAUGGCUCGAUUGCUGUGGCAAUGUCGGCCCUAACGACUACAUGCACCCACCCUACAGCUGUUAUAGCAAUGACAAACUGAGCCUUGACGGUUGCCGACAAAAGUUUCUCGAAUAUAUUUCUGAUCGUUGGGACGCUUUUAAUUUCUUAUCCAUCGGUUUGGUACUGGUUGAGCUGAUUUGUGCUGCUUUCGCUUGGGUCUUGGCGAAUAGCAUUUUGAAUCGUUGGCGCCGCUCGAAAUACUAUCCCAAAUAAGCUGAUUUACAUGAUUUAUUUAAAUGCGCAUAAAGGCCAAAGAAUUUCUAUAUAUGUACAUACAUAUGCAUACAAGCGGAUGUACAAACAUGCAUUCAUGUGUACCAACCUACCUACAUAUAAGUAUAUAAUUUUUGUUUUUUACUUCUAAACAGAGUGUAUGCACACACACACACACACAACGAUAGAUUCAAAAGUGUUUGCUCUUUCGAAAAUGAAAUUAAUUUUGCUAGUCUACCUCAACAUGCUCAUAAAUUAGCUAAGCUGUAGGCAGAAAAACGCAGCUUAGCUGGAAAAUAUAAAAUUACAUACAAACCGAGAGGGAGAGAAAAAAGGAACAGAAACGAAAAUGUGUUUAAAAAUUCGCAGUAGCUACGAAACGAUGGUGCCAAAAGUAGUGUUCAAUAGGAAAUAAAUUUGAAAAAUAAAAUAAGAAGAAGAAUAACGAUUUUGUAUAUUUUUAAAAAGUGUAUGUAUGUAUAUUUUUUUAUUAAAAAUUACGCUAUACUAUUGUUAACAUUAGAUUUAGUCGUCGAAGAAUGUAAUUAAUUAAAACUAUGCAUGCCAAAUAACACUUGUUGUUGAUUUAAGGAAA